AUGGGUUGGGGGAUUCCAUGGAUACCAAGAAUACCGCGCUUACCACGGCCUCCGAAGAUAGAGCCACCGCCAAUUCGUGAACCCUUACCUCCGAAGCCACCGCAGCCACCCCCGGUGGAAAAGCCACAACCCCUACCUCCUAAGAAAGGUCCGCCACCUCCACCUCGGGAUAUAGUGCUGCCAGCCCCAUCGCAGCCAACACCCCCAUCUCCGCGGCAACCGGCGGCAACCCCAACUCCGCCCAAAGGAAUCUCCCCGCCUUUACCAAGAGUGCCAUCGUUCCCGCGGGCUCCACCACUGAGGCUGUGGCCACCCCGCCUCAGUCUAAAUGGCCCGCGUGACACCGCCAUCGUCGCCGGGGUCGCCUCUCUCGGCGGCCUUUUACUUCUCGCGUUCUUCGUGGCGCUCCUGGUUUGCUGCAUCAUGAAGAGAACGACGAAGAAGAAGAACGCCAAAGGCAAAACUGUGGACAUGGAGGCCAUUGAGACUGUACACGAGACUGCAGUUCCAAAACCCCAUGGCAUCGACGAACACAUCGUAUUGCAGGAGAUGAUGAGGAUGGCCAAGAUGAUCAGUGAAGCCUCACGCAGUGAGGUCGAGUGGAAGAAACAACAUUGGAGUGGCGGGAAUGGCGGAGCCGGCCCUUCUAACGCCGAUCACCACGACGUUCUCGAGCACAAAAGCUAG